GAUUUCUCUAUGGUAGUGGUAUCUAAAGCCACAUAGGUACCAGUAAAUAAAUAUCUAAAGGUAAUUAAUAUACUUAGCAUCUACCUACGACUUGAGCCGCUAUAAUGCUAGAAAUUUGACUUUUGUAAAAUUUUUCAAACACUAAUUGCAUGAUAAAUAAAAAAUACGGAGAACCCUGAAGUAUAUAAUGUAAAGGUCCUUUCGGCUGAAGUGACAUUUUAAUAAGAUGAAUAUUUCGAUAGAGAAGAAAAGAAGUGAUUGUGCUGCUUUGCCAAAGGGUUGGCAAAGAGAGGAAGUUAUAAGGAAAUCUGGUCUUUCAGCUGGGAAAGUUGAUGUUUAUUACUACAGCCCAACAGGUAAAAAGUUUCGCAGUAAACCUGAGCUAGUUCGUUAUCUGGGUGAUAGUGUGGACUUGUCGUGUUUCGACUUUCAGCAGGGUCAAAUAAACACUAUGCUGCUGUGCAAGGCCAAGAAAGCUCGAGCGCAGUUUGACUACAGGGGUGUCCGCUCAGAUGCAUCUCUCGUGCCUCCCAUACGCCAAACUGCGUCCAUAUUCAAACAACCAGUCACUGUAUAUAAAACUCAGGAAAGUAAAGUGAAAACUGACUUAAAGCAUGGCACUCAAGAAAAACCAAAGCAACUUUUCUGGGAGAAACGUUUAGAGGGUUUGACUGCAUGUGACGCAAAUGGAGUGAUUGGUACAACAUCUUUACCUAAAUACAUCAAAUCAUUGGGGCCGUACAUUUCAGACGCUACUACAAUACAGUCACUAGCCACUGCUUUACAUGUUUCAUCCCAACCUAUAACAGGCCAAAGUGGUUCAAAGCAAACAAUAAUGGAAAGCCCGGGUGUUUUUUUAAACCCUGACCAACCGUUGAUUGCUGCUGUCACUAUAACGAAAGAUGAUUUGCGACGUCAAGAGGACCGUGUUAAGCGGGCGAGGCUUAGAUUACAAGAGGCUUUGGCGGUCGCAUAGGGUCACGCCGGCGGCGGGGACGUGCAAACCUCCGCCGCCGACUCUCAGGAAGGUGAAAAGGAAGCCGAUCCCGUCGAAGAAGAACAAAUGCUGCCAGACUCCACUGCUGAUUCCCCUAAACCUGCCAUUUCAGAGUGUAUUGUUGACAGUACCAGUUAAGAAUAAAAACAGGCUUUAAAACAACAAAGACAUUAAAAUAAUAACAUACUGCCAGAAAAAUGCUGGUUAACCAUACAUUUCUGAGUGUUAUUUAUUGAACUAGUUAGAACAAUGUUCAAACCCAUGCAUGUUUAAGCUGCCUCCUAUUAAACACCGAAAGGUAUAUAUACUCUAUGAACACUACUUAACAACAAUAAUUAAAAUAUUUUAACAAAUAGGCAGUAUUUUAUCAACUUCAUGAAUAAGCUUGUCCAUUGAGCUAUUUAUAACUGUGUAUAACUAAUUGUAUCACUCUGUUUUACUCUUAGAUUAGUCAUAGAUAGAAUAAAAAUGAGAGUAGUUUCUAAAUUAUUUCAUGCAAGUGUUGUAAAACAAAUUUUUGAGCUUUUAAACCCAGUUUUUUAAUCAAACAGCUAGUUUAAGUGUACACAUUUUCUUAAAUUUAAUAUUAUGCACACAGAUGGAUAUUGAUUGUGUGAUUGGAUUUUAUAUUUUACAAAAUUUCAUAUUAUAAUAAUGUUAAACAUAAGUUUUUGUAAUCGCUGCUGUAAAUACGUGGUAUAUUUUAUAAUAAAAGAAAUUUUU